GAUAAGAAAAAAGAAAAAAAGAAAAAAAGAAAAAAAAGAAAAAGGUGUCUGGGCCUCCAAAUAAAAACGAUAAGAAUCUUGGGUAAUUUCUUAGAUGAGAUCACAAUUGUAGAAGUUCUAUGACUUGAGAGAUUACAUCGCAUCCCAAAAACAGUAUGAAGGAGAUUGAGGAAUUGUGGAGGGAAGUGAGGGAGCUGAGUCUGGGGAACUCAGGGAGAGUGGAGCGGCUGGACUCACCCCCAACCCCUCUCCAAUUCCUCAGAGACUUCGUGUCCCCUAACAAGCCCUGCGUCAUCUCCGAUGCCACUCUUCACUGGACCGCCCUCUCCUCCUGGUCCGACGAUGCCUACCUUGCUCGAGCCCUCUCCUCCGCCCAUGUCUCCGUCCACCUCACCCCCAACGGCCGAGCCGACGCCCUCGUCCCCUUAAAUUCCGACGACUUAGCGUCGUCAUCAUCAUCUUCCCUCUGCUUCGCCUCCGCACACGUAAUGCGCAUGCCCUUCCCAGAAGCUCUCAAUCUCAUCGUCAAUCCCAACUCCACUAAAUACGUGGCUUACGCGCAGCAGCAGAACGACUGCUUCCGCUCAGAGUACUCGGCGCUAUCGCCGGACUGCGAAGCUCAUAUCCCAUGGGCCACCGAGGCCCUUGGGUGCCUCCCCGAAGCUGUUAAUCUCUGGAUUGGCAACCAUCUCUCGGAGACCUCCUUCCACAAGGAUCACUACGAGAAUCUCUACGCCGUCGUUUCGGGCGAGAAGCAUUUCCUGCUCCUUCCUCCCACUGACGUUCACCGUAUGUACAUCUGCGACUACCCGGCCGCUCAUUAUUCUUAUUCCCAGGACACUGGAGAGUUGACAUUGGAGGCAGAGAAGCCAGCGAGAUAUGUGCCUUGGUGCAGUGUGAGUCCUUAUCCUUCACCGCAAACUAAACACACCCAGAUGUCCAAAUUCCCUUUGUAUUUUAAUGGCCCCAAGCCCUUUGAGUGUACGGUCAAGGCCGGAGAGAUUCUUUACUUGCCAAGUAUGUGGUUUCAUCACGUUAGACAGAGUCCAGAUGCUGGAGGGCGGACUAUUGCAAUUAACUACUGGUAUGAUAUGCAGUUUGACAUCAAAUAUGCCUAUUUUGACUUCUUGCAAUCAGUUCAUUACCGAUCAACCCAUAGUCCAACAUUGCCUGAAACAGUGUCUGAGGACUCGAAAUUGGAAGCAGACUGACUCAGUUGCAUAGGGCUUAAGGAUAAAUUAGGUGCUGAUGAAUCUGUGACGAAUUUAGCCGAGGCUAGUACUGAAGAAGGAUGAGUUCUGAUUUGUCAGCCUGGGUGCUUAAUUUUGUUCAUGCGUGGGAUUCUUCAGGAACUGUGAUAAAAGUGAUUCUAAAAAGAAGAGAUUGUGGGAUUUUGAAGGCUGGAGAAAGCAUAAUAAUCUGUUACGUGGCUAGAAGUGCUAGAAGGUGGUAGAAGUCAAUUAAAGCAAUGCAGAGUAGUCAUUAUGUUAGGUAUCUAUUAGUAGUUAUCAAUUGUUAGUAGGAGUGAGUGGUUGUUAGCUAUUAUCUAGUAGUAGUUAUCAAUUGUUAGGAGCGAGUGUUUGUUAUGUAUUCAAUAUCCAUUGUUGGUAGUAGAGUUGGGUUCACCUUGAGAGUUGUUCUCGUGGGACUCCUACAGUGUAGUACAUUUUCUAUAUAAGGCAUUGCUUUGGAAUAAAGGUAACAAAGAAAUUAUUCAAA